AGUAUGUUAGCAGCUAAUCACGUGUGCAGUGCUAGGUCGAAAAGUUUGACAGAAGUUUGCAAAAACGGCUGCCUAUAAUACAUCUGCACGUCUAGAGUGCGUGGGAUUGAAAUCGUCGCUCAACCAUACAUCCAGUUUGCUUCCCGGAAAAGAAAGAUCUACCGUUAGUUCGGCAGCUUUAAAAGUUGGCGGCAAUGGAAGGAGUAGCUCAGAAAGUAAUGUCGGGAUUCAAACUCGACCUCGGACCUUUGAAGGAACCUCUGGGAUUUAUUAGAGUUCUUGAAUGGGUCUUUUCCAUUUUUGCAUUUGCCACGACUGGAGGCUACUCUGGCUCCACCAGCAUAAAUGUACAGUGCCAGGGAAGCGGUAUUUUCCACGAGGUCACGGCAUACUUUGCGUACCCUUUCAGGCUUCCAAGCUAUCCUUACCAGGUCCCAGAGUGCAAAGACAAUAGCACCGCCACCAUCAAUACCUACCUGACAGGGGACUUCUCCUCCUCAGCCGAGUUCUUCGUCUGCAUCGGUGUCUUCGGCUUCCUGUACUGCACUGUCACCUUGGUGAUCUACCUGGGCUACCAGCACAUGUACAGAGAGAGCAGCCGAGGACCCGUUACUGACCUGUUGCUGACUGGAGCUUUUGCCUUCCUGUGGUUGGUGUCAUCCUCGGCCUGGGGUAAAGGCCUCACUGAUGUAAAAUGGGCCACAAGCCCCUCUACUCUGGUCGGCAUUGUGGACACCUGCAGGGAAAACAAGUGCACUUCAGGGGCUGUGCCCUUCAUGGGGCGUCUCAACGCCUCUGUGAUUUUUGGAUUUCUUAACCUCAUCUUGUGGGGCGGGAACUGCUGGUUCAUUUACAAGGAGACCCCAUUUCACAAGCCAGCUAACGCCCCCGCAAACGUGGAAGAAGGAGCUGCGAGCUCCUAACUGCAGCACGAAAGCCCCUCCCUCUCCUCUUUAGCCUAUUGCAGCAGUGCAUGAGACAGAUUAUCUGAAUUUGUUACUUGUGAGAAGGUCACAUCUAAAAGGGUGUUUAAGUACUGACAAUGACCAGAUUUACAUACAGCGGUAGUACUCAGAAUGUUCAGAAAUUGUAAAGGUGAAAUGACCAUAAAGGUUUUAUUCUGUAUACAAUGUUCGGAUGGUAUUUUGAUUGUGAAAAUUAUGAGAUUCCGUAAAUAUUCUGAUUUAUAAAGGGAUAUUAAUCAUGCAAAACAUUCAAAAUUCUCGCAUUUGUGGUCAAGGGAGUGGAUAGCACAGAAAAGUGAUGAAUCACUGGGUCUUUCUAAUGAAGACUUGCAAAUAAUAGCAGAACACUUCUAAAGGGAGGAGGGGUCAUCAGAUGUAGAUACAUUUAGGGCAGAUGUGGGUGUCUUUACGGCAGAUGCUGGUACAUUUAGGACAAAUGUUGGUUCAUUUAGGGCAAAUGUGGGUGCCUUUAGGGCAGGUGUCUGGCUCUCUACAUGUGGUUGAUACAGGCCUUAUAUUUCCUUUUCUGUUUGUAUUCUGAAUGUGGGGUCAGAGCAGUG